AUGGCUAAUCGAUCAUCGGCAUCCUUACGAAGUCGUAAUACUUCAUCAUCGGGUAAUACGAGUGGACUGAAUAUUUCCCGUGCUCAAGAAAAGGAACAAUUGGAAACCCUUAACAAUCGUUUGGCUGUUUAUAUUGAUACUGUACGCCGUUUAGAACAUGACAAUAAAGAAUUAAAGAGUAUCAUCGCAUCGUAUAGCGAUACGUAUGAAGUUGAAACAUCGAAAGUUAAACAAUUAUAUGAACGUGAACUUGAAGAUGCUAAAAAAUUAAUUGAAGAACUUGCAAGAGAAAAAUCACGUUUAGAAAUCGAUGCUGAAAAGUCGAAUGCUGAAGCACAAGAUGCUCUAGCUAAACUUGCUCGAAAAGAACGUGAACUACGUGCUGCUGAAGGUCGUUUGAAGCAAUAUGAAGUCGAAAUGGGCGAAUUGAAAGCACGCAAUGAAGCCAUUGGAUAUGAUGCUAAUCGAAAGAGUGACGAGAAUGUCGCAUUACGUGGUACAAAUAAUGAUCUUGAUAAACAAGUCAUCGCAUUGAAACGUCAACUUGAAUCUGAAACACUUCUUCGUAUUGAUCUUGAAAAUAAAAAUAAAACUUUACGUGAAGAACUUCAAUUUAAUGAACAAGUUCAUGAAACGGCUAUUGAAGAAAUUCGUAAACAAAAACAUUAUGAAGUUAGAUCAUUUGAUGAUGGUCUACGUCAGCAAUAUGAUGAUCGUUUAUUAAAUGAAUUGCAAGAAUUACGUAUGCAAACUGAACAAGAAAUGCAAGCUGUACGCGAUGAAAUAGCGUCACAAUAUGAAAAGAAAAUUGAAGAUUUACAAACAACAAUACGUCGUAAUGCAGAUCAAACUGGUUCAUAUCGUUCGGAUCUUUUAUCUUACCGCGAACGAAUUGAAGAUGCAACAAAAUCUCGUGAUGCAUUAAAUGAAAAAGUAGUAUCUCUUGAACAACGUUGUCGUGAUUUGGAAGAACGUCUUCAUCGUUCACAACAACGACAAGAAGAUUUAUUAGCUGAACGUGAAAAUGAUAUUGAACGAUUGAAACAACAAAUUGAACAAAUGCAAAUCGAUUAUCAAAAUUUACUUGAUAUUAAAAUUGGUCUUGAUAGAGAAAUUGCAACAUACAGAAAAUUACUUGAAUCCGAAGAAGAACGACUUAAUAUUUCUGGUAAUUUAUCGCGUAUGGAAGCAUCAAAUACAACAUAUGAAAGUACUUCAUAUCCAUCACGUAAACGUCCACGCUUUGAUGUCGAUGAUCAUCCAUCAGUCAAUACUCAAUUACUUGAUGGCAUCAAUAUUAUUGAUGAUGAAAGUUCACAAGCAAAAUUUAUUAAGUUAAUGAAUAAUUCUAAACAAGAUGUUUCUUUUAAUGGAUGGGUACUUAAAAGAAAAGUUGGUUCACAAACAUAUGAAUUUAAAUUUCCUAAAGGAAUGGUUCUUAAAGGUGGUGCAACAACUACAAUCUGGAGUUCGGAUGUGAAUGAUAUUUCGGUUGAUCCUCCAACAAAUUUAAAACUACGCACAGCAAAAUGGUUUUCAGCUGGUAAUGAAAGUAAAAAAACAAUUUUGGAAGAUUCAGAUGGACAUGUUAUUGCUGAGAAGACUGUCACUGUUAAAUAA